AUGGGUUCCCUUUUCAGAGGGGAGGAGAUGUGUUUGGCUCAGCUGUUUCUGCAGUCGGGCUGUGAAUAUCAGUGUGUCAGUGAGCUGGGAGAACAUGGACUGGUGGAAUUCAGAGAUCUCAACCAAAAUGUUAACGCCUUUCAGCGUCGUUAUGUCUCUGAGAUUCGGCGUUGCGAUGACAUGGAGACAACCUUUGGGUACCUGGAACAGGAACUGCGCAAGGCUGGAAUACAGCCAAAGGUUCUUUCAGGGUCUCCGCUGGCUCCUUCACCCAAAGAUGCUCUGAAUAUUCAAGAAGAAUCCGAGCAAUUGGCAAAAGAGCUGAGGGAGGUGUCUGGGAACAGGUUCACACUACGUGAACGCCUACGAGAGCUGCGAGAGUACGCCAAUAUACUGCGAGAGAGUCAGAGAUUCACAGGACCAUUGCCAGAGUCUGAAACCUUUAGUGAGAGAGCUGACACUGAUCCAUUGAUUGACCCUACAGUAAGCUCCAGGCAGGACCUCCGAGUCAGUUUCAUGGCUGGUGUCAUUCACCCCUGGCGCAUGAACUCGUUUGAACGCCUGCUGUGGCGCGCUUGUCGAGGAUACCUUAUUGUCAACUUUGUGGAGAUGUCUGAGCCAAUGGAGGACCUAGUGACGGGUGAGAGCGUCACACAGAUUAUAUUCCUGAUCUCAUACUGGGGUGAGAGAAUUGGAGAGAAGAUCAAAAAGAUUGCAAAUUGUUUCCACUGUCACAUUUAUCCAUAUGCUGAUGAUGAGACCGCCAGACUAGAAAAGCUGAAAGAUCUCCUAAUUCAGAUCCAAGACAUGCAAAAGGUGAUGCAACAAACGGAAGGUUUCCUAAAUCAGGUUCUCAGUCAGGUUGCAGAAAAGUUAUACUUCUGGAGAGUCAGUGUGAGGAAGAUGAAGCACAUCUACCAGAUUUUGAACAUGUGCAGCGCGCGGGAGCGAUGCCUUAUCGGAGAGGUCUGGUGUCCUGUCGGCGAUCUGCCUCUACUGCAGGCGGCGCUUGUCCGAGCUUCGAAUAGUGGAGGGGGUGGAGAAUCCUUCUGUCAUCGUAUCCAUUGUCCUGUCAACCCACCCACUUUAAUCCGCACCAACAAGUUCACCUCGGGAUUUCAAGGGAUUGUGGAUGCUUAUGGUGUAGCAAGUUAUCAGGAAGUAAACCCAGCUCUCUAUACCAUCAUAACAUUCCCAUUUCUCUUUGCUGUCAUGUUUGGGGAUGUUGGCCAUGGGCUCCUCAUGUUCCUGUUUGCUCUUUGGCUGGUUCUUGGAGAGGACAACCCCAAGCUGAAAAAUUCUGAGAGUGAGAUCUUCUCUAUGUGUUUUGGAGGUCGGUAUCUAGUUCUGCUCAUGGGACUGUUAUCCAUUUACACCGGUUUUGUGUAUAAUGAAUGUUUCAGCCGGGCAACCACCAUUUUUCCUUCAGGGUGGAGCGUUGCAGCAAUGGCAAGAGCAAAGAACUGGACGGAAGAGAACUUUAACAACUUUGUUCCUCCACCAUUGGACCCCAAUAUAACCAAUGUCUUCAUCGGUGUCUAUCCUUUCGGCAUUGAUCCGAUAUGGAGCUUGGCCUCCAAUCGCCUCACAUUCCUGAAUUCCUUCAAGAUGAAAAUGUCGAUUAUUCUAGGCGUCAUUCACAUGUCCUUUGGCGUGUUUCUGAGCAUCUUUAACUUCGUUCACUUCAAGCAGAAGUACCGGAUCCUCGUGGUGUCUAUCCCAGAGCUGCUGUUCCUGCUUUGCCUCUUCGGAUAUCUGGUGUUUAUGAUUUUCUACAAGUGGUUUGCGUUUGAUGUCAGUCGGGCUCAAUCGGCUCCAAGCCUGCUCAUUCAUUUCAUUGACAUGUUUCUUUUCACCAAGAAUAAGGGCAACAUAGACCUCUAUAAAGGGCAGGAUACUGUGCAGAUGACUCUAGUGAUUGUUGCUGUGGUGUGUGUGUACCAAUUCUGCUCUUUGGGGAUCCCAUUUACCAGUACAUCCAGCACCGUAAGAAGAAAAGAGCAAGGCAAAACAUUGGGCAGGUAUGACACCAAGGUUUAUGUAGAAAUUAUUCCUCCUCAAAAGUUGCAGCCCUGGUUCCCUUCCCUCAUCCAAGUUGCUUUCCUUCAUUCUAUGGUACAUAUCGAUCAGCCCUAA